CUGCCCUCUUCUUCCCCCACCGCAGCUGGGGUCAAGCCAGAAGUCCCUGGGCCGUCUUCCAUGGGCUGACUGCUCUAUCCUGCCUGCUCCCGUGAGGCCAGACUGGGCGAGGGGGACGAUGCUGGGUGGUUGGUGCGGGGCUCAUGGGGUUUGAGACCUCCCUGCUGUCCGAGAGCAUUGGGUAAAGCGUUGCCUUUCCAGAGCCCCGCACUCUGUGUCCUUGAGUGCGUCCCGCUCACUGAGGGGUGAGCAACAGGGGGUCCCAGACAAGUGUAUAGCGAUGCAUGGUGCAUGGUCCUGCUUGCCAUGGGGUGAGCAGUUGGGGGUCCCAGACAAGUGUGUUGUGAUGCACGGUGCAUGGUCCUGGUCACAAUGGGGUGAGCAGUUGGGGGUCCCAGACAAGUGUAUAGUGAUGCACGGUGCAUGGUCCUGCUCGCCAUGGGGUGAGCAGUUGGGGGUCCCAGACAAGUGUGUUGUGAUGCACGGUGCAUGGUCCUGGUCACAAUGGGGUGAGCAGUUGGGGGUCCCAGACAAGUGUAUAGCGAUGCACGGUGCAUGGUCCUGCUCGCCAUGGGGUGAGCAGUUGGGGGUCCCAGACAAGUGUGUUGUGAUGCACGGUGCAUGGUCCUGGUCACCACGAGGUGAGCAGUUGGGGGUCCCAGACAAGUGUGUUGUGAUGCACGGUGCGUAGUCGUGUUCACCACGGGGUGAGCAGUUUGGGGUCCCAGACAAGUGUGUUGUGAUGCACGGUGCAUGGUCCCGCUCACCACGGGGUGAGCAGUUGGGGGUCCCAGACAAGUGUGUUGUGAUGCACGGUGCGUAGUCGUGUUCACCACGAGGUGAGCAGUUGGGGGUCCCAGACAAGUAUGUUGUGAUGCACGGUGCAUGGUCCUGGUCACAAUGGGGUGAGCAGUUUGGGGUCCCAGACAAGUGUGUUGUGAUGCACGGUGCAUGGUCCCGCUCACCACGGGGUGAGCAGUUGGGGGUCCCAGACAAGUGUGUUGUGAUGCACGGUGCGUAGUCGUGUUCACCACGAGGUGAGCAGUUGGGGGUCCCAGACAAGUGUGUUGUGAUGCACGGUGCAUGGUCCCGCUCACCACGGGGUGAGCAGUUGGGGGUCCCAGACAAGUGUGUUGUGAUGCACGGUGCGUAGUCGUGUUCACCAUGGGGUGAGCAGUUGGGGGUCCCAGACAAGUGUGUUGUGAUGCACGGUGCAUGGUCCUGGUCACCACGGGGUGAGCAGUUGGGGGUCCCAGACAAGUGUGUUGUGAUGCACGGUGCAUGGUCCCGCUCACCACGGGGUGAGCAGUUGGGGGUCCCAGACAAGUGUGUUGUGAUGCACGGUGCGUAGUCGUGUUCACCACGAGGUGAGCAGUUGGGGGUCCCAGACAAGUAUGUUGUGAUGCACGGUGCAUGGUCCUGGUCACCAUGGGGUGAGCAGUUGGGGGUCCCAGACAAGUGUAUAGUGAUGCACGGUGCAUGGUCCUGGUCACCACGGGGUGAGCAGUUGGGGGUCCCAGACAAGUGUGUUGUGAUGCACGGUGCGUAGUCGUGUUCACCACGGGGUGAGCAGUCGGGGUCCCCGAUGUACGUCGCGAUGCCCGGCGCAUGGCGCCUGCGGCGAGCACCCCUGCUCGUGGGGGAAGGUGACAGAAGCCUCCUGGUGUCCUUGAUGCCACGGGCGUGCGGCCGGUGCCCUGCGCAGCUCCAGGCCGGCCCGCCGCGGUCCCCGAGCCCACCCGGGCAGGGCACUGACGGCUUGCCCCGGCCCUCCUGCUCGCGGUUCCCCCCGCGGGUGCGGAGCGCCCCCAGGUGCAAGUGAGAGCGAGGGAGGGGUUCGCCCCGCGCUCCCGCGGCCGGGGAUCUCCGCGCGGUGGCGCAGCACCGCGGCCCGUGUGCACGGAGCGGCUCCGGAUCGAGCCGGCUGAGGUCCGCCCCCGCCGUCCAGGCUCCGCCCGCGCUGGUGGAGCCGCGCCGGCGCCCUGGCUCGGGGCGCGGGGCCGGGCCGGGGCCGGCGCGGGGCGAUGGACGCUCAGGCCCCGGUGACCUUCGAGGACGUGGCCGUCUACUUCUCGGCAGAGGAGUGGGCAGAGCUGGCAGCAUGGCAGCGGGAGCUGUACCGCGACGUGAUGAUGGACAACUACGAGCUGGUGGCCUCGCUGGGCUCGGCGGGCCCCAAACCUGAGGUCAUAUGUCAGAUAGAACGAGGGGAAGAGCCUCACGUCGGGGCUCCCCAAGGGGAGCGGGACGGGGGCAUCCCGGAGGCCCCUGGCGUGGAGGCCUGGGGCCAGCACGGCGAGGAGACGCUGCUGGAGGAGGAACCCAGCCCACGCUGGCUGUUGCUGCCCGGCGGCACCCAGGAACUUGCAUCCGACUACGCCCUGCUCUGCCCCAGCUGGUGUGACAUGAAGCAUCAGGACUGGGUCGGGGACAUGCCCCAGACCCCCCCGGCUUUGGACAGGGGCUUCCGGACGUUCCCCGAUGGUGCCUCGGCCCUGGGCCCGGCUGCAGCAGGGAGCAAGGAGAUCCUGAUUUGCGGGGCAUGCGGCAGGAGCUUUGAGGACGCGGCGGCCCUGAGCACUCACCUGUGCCAGCCGGCGGAGCACCCCGUGGAGGCCCACGUGUGCCAGGCCUGCGGGAAGGUCUUCCGGCACCGGCGGAACCUGCUGACGCACAAGAAGCGGCGGGGCCAGCGCCGGCACGCGUGCACCGAGUGCGCCCGCAGCUUCUGCCUCAAGGGAGACCUGCUGCGGCACCGGGCAGGGCACGCCGGCGCAGGCGGCUACGGCUGUGGGCUCUGCGGUCAGAGCUUCCGGCACAAGCGGCACUUGCUGGCGCACAAGAAGGAGCACGUGGCCGGGCGUGCCCUGUACCAGUGCCCCGGCUGCUCCGAGAGCUUCAGGGACGCGGCCGAGCUGGCCGGGCACCGUGCGGCCCACUGCGAGGAACGCCCGUUCGCCUGCCCGCGAUGCGACCGCCGCUUCAGCUGGAAGGAGAGCCUGCUCAUCCACCAGCGCAGCCAUGCCCAGGAGCGCUCUCACCGCUGCCCCGACUGCGGCCGCGGCUUCAGCCGCAGUGGGAACCUGCGGGCACACCAGCGUGUGCACACGGGCGAGCGACCUUUCGCCUGCCCUGAGUGUGACCGUACCUUCUGCAACAAGGCCAACCUGGUGGCCCACCAGAAGCUGCACCGGCGCUGCCGUGCCAGCUUCAGCGCCAAGGGCAAGCUGCUGCUGCCCCAGGAGGAGCACGGCGACGGGGCCGGCCCCCAGGGCACGGGGUGAGUUCCCUGCCCUGCCCUGUUCCCUGCAGCGUGCUGCGUGGUAGCACAUGACAGUCGGCCCAGCCUUCCCCACCCGCCAGCCCCAGAGCCCCGGCGGGCCGUGUGCCCACUGCUCUGUUCACCGUGCCGUGGGGGGCUGGAGCCUCUCCCUUGACUGCCCUUCCUUGGGAGCCCCCAUUUCUUUCUGGCCAGGAGGGGCUGGUCUGGCCACAGGUCCCUGCAUGGAUCCCCUAUGGAUCCUUUGUGCCUUCUUGGAGGGAGGGGAACGAUUACCCAGUGGUGAGAGCAGCUGUUGAGGACUGGGGGGGAAACUGCAUCCACAGCCCUGAGGCUCCACUGUGGCCUCGGCCAGGCACUUAGCUGCUCCCUGCCUCAGUUUCCCCAUAUGUAGAGGGGGAGUGCAGCACUUCCCUACUGCGAGGGGAGGAGAUGAAGGAGUGCAAGGGGUUCAGAGACCCCCCCACUCCAGGCCCCUGAGACAGGCAGGUGGGCCUUCUGCUCGUGCUCAGCCAGCGGUGCUUUCUGUGUGACCGUCGCACCCACGUCCUGCAACAGGCCAGAGUCUCUGGUCAGCUCUGCCGUGGCCUGGGGCUUGCAGGGGCUGCCACGGACGGCUCUCCCUGGUUUCCUGCAGAACUGCUCUGUCCUCUGUGCCUCCAUCUCUCUCUCCCCCGGGCUGCCCACGUGCUGUCCUGUAUUGUGUCAUCCCCUCCUCCACUCCAGUGACUGCUUGGCCCAUUUCCCCCUCCUCUGCCCUGACCCCAGCACCCCCAGUGCAUAUAACAUGUGACCUCUCAGGCCCCACAUCAGCUGCGACGCCUGCAGGAACUCAGCCCGUGUGGCACGGUCGGGCGGCGGGUGUAUUUAUUUCCUUGCACGUGGACUGAAUAGUGCAUCAUACCUCUAUGAACUUGCCCUCGGUGUGUUGUCCGGCUGCGUAGGCUGUAAGCACUCAGGGCAGGCACUUGUCCGCGUUGCAUGGCAUGUACAGUGUUGAACCCUGGGGGCAGUCCCUUUGCAGCACUGAGCACUGAGCCUGGGCAUCCUCAGGGCCCUGAAUAAAGGUGGUGUAGGCGGCA